CACCUGGCAGCCUCGGAAAGGCUUCCAGCAAAUGACUGGUGAUGAAGAGCCCCAAGGUUGGCGUGAGGCACAGCAACUGUCCCAAGCAGAGAUGCUGAAGGUUGAGCAUGUCUCAAAGAUGGUGGAGGAAAAGUGGACUCAUUGGGAGGAGAGCUACCAAGAAGCCUUGGUUCCCCUCCCUGAGAAGUGGAGCCUGUGCAACUUAUUCAUCUCCAGCACUGACACAGAUGCUGCUCAGCCACAGGAGGAUUUCCCAGAGCUACUGAGGAGAAUGGUGAAUGUGGAAAAUCCCAUACGAAAAUACAUUGAACUGGAAAAUCUCGGCAGCGGGGCUUUUGGAGAGGUUUCUAGAGCACUUGACAUUGCCACAGGAGGAGAGGUGGCCAUAAAGAAAAUCAAUCUUCAAGGACUGAGGAGGAAGCAAUUAACUGUUAAUGAAAUCAUGAUCAUGAAGAGUUAUAGGAGUCCCAGUGUUGUGAAUUAUUUAGACAGCUACCUUGUGCAUGAGGAACUCUGGCUGGUGAUGGAGUACAUGGACGGAGGCACUCUGACUGAUGUCGUCAGCAAGACUUACAUGUCUGAAGGAGAGAUUGCAGCUGUCAGUCGUGAGGUCAAGGAUCCCACCUGUGCUUCCAAGGGCUUGAGCAAGAUUGUCUGGGAAACUGGGGCUCAGAAUGGGAGUGAUUUCAUGGGCCAAGCUUGGUUUCUGUGUUGCUGGUAUGCUAUGAGCAAGCAAGAGACUUUCAAGUGAACUUCCUGCCAGUGU